UCCGCUGACUCCGCUCCCGUCCACCGUGCAAAAAGUUCGACGGGCGCGCGAUCAUCGAGCGUUAUCGAGAUCAUCCUCGAGGGAAUGGCGGCGUGGGCAGCGGUACGGGCAACCUCGUCUCGAGUCGUAGUUGAGGAGCUAGAUCAUCAGGUCGACAGCGGUAUGGGCAGCAGCGAUGCGCGCUCUCCCGAGGUGAAAUCGCUCCUCCCGGACGACGAGGACGAUGACGAGGAGGAUGAGAGCUUAACAGAAAGAUUAUUAGGGCUUACUGAAAUGUUCCCUGAACCAGUACGCAACUUUGGAUACAAUGUUGGAACUUGCCUAUGCACAUGUAUCAAAGGUCUAUAUACAUAUUCGUGUUCAGCCACAUGGCUGAUCUUCAGUUCGUCCACUAUCCUCUUCGCGCCGAUUAUCUUCGAGAUGGAGCGCGCUCAGAUGGAAGAUCUGCAACGCACGCAGCAGAAGCAAGUUCUCUUAGGCCCUAACACAGCUCUGUCCGGUGUCAACACCUCGGGUCUUCCAAUGGCACCGCCCGUUCAGCGAUAGGCCAUUAAUAUCACAAAUUUACACGUGCACGCAUACAAGGACACGUACAGAAAUGACCAGUUAACAAAAAAAAUCACUCGAGUUUUCCCGCUCAUUUAUUAACUAGUGCGACUUCAAACGCCACAUAAGACUUCACGCAAAUCAUAAACAGAUUUCUUUCGAACGGGAAUUCUUACGUGAAUCGAACGCGCAUAAUUAUCUAUUUAAUUGGAGUAACUCUCUCAGAGUUGUGCGAUAUGAAAUUUUGGAGUAAAUAUAAAUUUGGAUUGCUCAAUGGGAGAUCAUUGAAUUGCAACAUUCGUCGGUCUAGUCCACACUCCUCUGACUCUACACUUACACUUGCACAUAUAAAUAAAAAAAAACCAUUGUUCCUUCUGAUAAUUUUUACUGAAAACUAUAACAUACUGUGGUAUUGCGUGGCAUUUUAAAAUCGAACGCGUUACAGAAACGACGGUAAUAAUAUUUCGUUCGAAAAGGAAAUAAUUCCGUCAUUCUGUUCGCUUCGUGAAUAAAUAAUUGAGUGAAAAGUUGAGCAUGCAAUUAUUUGUUAUUAGUUUAGUACAUGAAUCAUGCCGACAGCGCGGUAAUUGUUGUGCCGCAUAUUAGUAUCUUUAAUAUAUGUCUCAUCUGUUACAUUGUUAUUUCGAAAGAAAGAAAUAAAAGACAUGUAGUGUCUUAAUCCCAUUGUGUCGUGCCGCGCCGACCUUUCGUGUAACAUUUCUGUAAAAUUAACAAAUAAAAGACAUAACGACCUUGUAUACCAUC